AUUCUAAACACACCCAUACAACUGAAAACAUAAAAAAAAAAAAAAAAACGGAAUCAUGUCGGGUAAGCAGAACCCAAAAAGCGAAGCAAAGGCGGCUAAUGAGCCACCCUCGUCGUCGGCCAUACCGCUUGCCAAAGACGUUGUAAAUAGGCCCAAGAUCAGGGCAGUGGAGUCUGCAAUUGUAAACAUUCCCCUGCGCAAGGUGCAAAGUGAAGUGCCUACAACGACCCAACGACAUCAUCCCGACGAUGCUGAUGACGACGUCGAUGAUGACAGCAUCGAUAACAUCGAUGUCGAUCCGAACGCGCCCACAACCAGCCAUUUCCUGCAUCGUUCCUUCAGCGCUCGACCGCUGCCCCUGCGAUCGACUGCAAAUACGGGCGUUGAUGGCCCCGAAACUAAGCUGGCGCAACACCUUACCGGCACACUGGCUCGUAUAAAACGGGAGCUGAGCGAGGUUACCAAACAGCCUCCACCGAAUAUCGUCGGUGUCACCCACAGCGAUGAUCUUCAUAGCUGGCUGGCAACGGUGUCCGGACCCGAAGGCAGUGUCUACGAGGGCGGACAUUUCAAAUUGGAGAUACGCUUUCCGCCCGCCUAUCCCUUCCGACCGCCACGCAUACGCUUCCUCACACGCAUCUAUCACUGCAACGUGGAUAGUCGCGGUGCCAUCUGCCUGGACGUGUUGAACGAGCGUUGGUCCCCGGUGAUGACCAUUUCCAAAGUUCUGCUCUCCAUAUGGGUGCUGAUGGGUGAAUGCAAUCCGGACGAUCCACUCGUCAUUGGCAUUGCCGAUCAGUACAAAUGCAAUCGCAAGGAGCACGACAAGAUGGCUCGCUACUGGACCAAACGCUACGCGAUCUCUAAGGAGAAGAAUGUGGCACCAGAAAAGACGGAGCCAACGCUCACACAAUCCGACCCGCCGAAUAGUCCAGCCGAAAGUCAAGAGUCCGAGACAACAUCAGCCCCAGUAACCCCAAGGCCACCUCCACCUCCGCCACCACCGGCACCGACACCGCCAAUACCAAUUCCCUGCUCCACACCCAAGAUCUAAGAGUGAACCUGCUUCUGCUUAUGCCGGCAUGUUUUCCAUUUCAUCCGCCUUUCGAACACACCCCAAACAGAUUCCAUUCAACCUCCCAACCCACUUCCACUCCAGCGACAUUUGUUACUACCCUGGCCAAUAAACAGUUUCGAUCCAACAAGUAAA